GGCAAACUCGUUCCUCUUCUUCCUCGAUCGAUUUCUGAGACGUUACGUCAGGUUGACGUUUCCAAUGAUGUUCGUCAUGCUGGUAGCAUUCCUGCUCCCCCUUAUGGGCUCCGGGCCGGCAGACAAGGAAACCUACGAGAUGAUGGUCCAAGAGUGCGCUACAAGUUGGUGGAGAGUGUUGACUCACAACGACAACUUUCUUCAGGACCGCGCAAUGUGUCUGCAGCAUUUUUGGUACGUUGGUGCCGAUAUGCAGAUAUUUGUGAUCAUCGCAUUACCCCUGACCAUGCUCAUUAUUAGGUUUCCAAAGAUUUCGUGCGCUAUCGGAAUAGUGGCUGCUGUGGCAUUCUCAGCCUUGACAUCCGUCCAAAUACAUUUGUGGGACCAGCUUUAUGCCUUCAAUUUUGGAACUUAUGACACUGUAAAAUUGUCGGAGUCACUGAGCUUGAUCUACUUUCGCCCGUUCACGCAUGUGGGCUCGUACGUUUUAGGCAUUUUGUGCGGCUACUUGGCCUUCGUUCACAAGGAAGUGCAUAUUCAUUGGCUGCUGCAGAAAGUUCUGUGGCUCGCAUCUCUCGCCUUAGGGUCUUUUGUCAUUUUCGUCACAUAUCCGUGGAACAAUGGAACUACACCAGACGACGUCACUGCCGCACUUUAUGGAGGGUUCCACCGAACGCUCUGGGCGCUAGUGUUUUUCUGGCCUUCGUAUGCAUGCGCCACUGGCCGAGGAGGCCUCCUGUGCAAGUUUCUUGGCUGGAAUCUUUUCCUGCCAUUGUCUCGGCUUACUUACUGCAUAUAUUUGGUUCAUGGACUCGUUUUCUAUCUCCGUUCGAUGCGAGUUAGAACUCUGAUACAGAUGGAUGAAUUCUUCCAAUUCCUUCUGGCUGCUGGUGUUUUUACUGUGAGCAUCUUCUUCGCCUACUUAGUUCACCUGAUGGUCGAGGCACCCACGAUCCGUUUCGAAAAGAUGAUACUCGAUCGACCAACACGACUGAAAUCAGAAACGAAUGGCACACACAGAUCCGAAGACAAGAUGGAGAAAUCACAGCUAUGAUCUAAGGAACCACUAGUCCAAUGCCACAAUGCUCGUUUUUAAUGGCAUACCUGCC